GACCGGCGCAGCUGUAGAAAAGCCAGCGCGGGCGGGCGGCUCGGCGCGGCCUCCACGCACGCCAGAAACAGCGAGCCGAGCCACCGGAGCCGAUGGGCAAGCGCGGCAGCCUCGACGGGGGCUCGUCGGCCGACGACGUGGAGGCGCCGCUGCUGCUCGGAGCCGGCGACGGGGAGCGGCCGGCGGCGUGGGUGCGCGCGCUGCUCGCGCACGGGUACCCGGCGGUGGCGUCGGGCCCCGCGGCGUGCGCGGCGGUGUGCGCGCUCGUCGACCUCGGCGGGGCCCACCGCGGCGCGCGCAACAUGCUCGCCGUGCUCGCGUGGGUGUUCCUCUGGUGGGUCACCGGAGCCGUGCCGCUGGCGGUCGCGUCCAUGGCGCCGCUCUUCCUCUUCCCGCUCUUCGGCGUCGCCGGCGCCGACGCCGUCGCCAAGGCCUACAUGGACGACGUCAUCUCGCUCGUCCUCGGCAGCUUCAUCCUCGCGCUCGCCAUCGAGCACUACCAAAUCCACCGCCGCCUGGCCCUCAACAUCACGUCGCUGUUCUGCGGGGACCCGGUGCGGCCGCCGCUGCUGCUGCUGGGCAUCACCGGCACCACCUUCUUCCUCAGCAUGUGGAUCCACAACACGGCGUGCACGGUCAUGAUGAUGCCAGUGGCGACGGGGAUCCUGCAGAGGCUCCCGCGGGGCGGCGACGGCGCCGAGGAGACCGGAUGCCAGGAGGAGGAGGUGCGCCGGUUCUCCAAGGCGGUGGUGCUCGGCGUGGUGUACGCGUCGGCCAUCGGAGGGAUGGCGACGCUGACUGGCACCGGCGUCAACAUCAUCCUGGUCGGGAUGUGGUCCACCUACUACCCCGAGCAGGAGCCCAUCACCUUCAGCUCCUGGAUGUCCUUCGGGCUGCCCAUGGCGCUGAUCAUCUUCUUCACGCUCUGGGUCACCCUCUGCCUCAUGUACUGCACCAAGAACACUGGCAAGGCACUCUCUGCUUACCUGGACAGAAGCCAUCUGAGAAGAGAGCUUACCUUGUUAGGUCCAAUGGCUUUUGCAGAGAAGAUGGUCUUGGCUGUGUUUGGGGGUCUAAUUGUGCUAUGGAUGACCAGGACCCUGACAGAUGACAUACCAGGGUGGGGAGCUCUCUUCCACAACAACGUUGGAGACGGAACAGUCACUAUCAUGAUGGCUACACUGCUCUUCAUAAUCCCAAGCGGAAAGAACAAUGGCGAGAGACUGAUGGACUGGAACAAGUGCAGGAAGCUCCAGUGGGACAUUAUCCUCCUCCUCGGUGCAGGCUUCGCCGUUGCUGACGGCUUCAGCUCAAGUGGCCUGACUGAUAUCCUCUCUGACGGGCUCAGGUUCCUGAAGGACGCACCGACGAUGGUCAUUGUUCCUGUGGCCUGCAUUGUCAGUGCGGUCAUCACAGAGUUCACGUCUGACGAUGCAACCACGACGCUGGUGCUGCCUCUGUUCGCUGAGUUGGCGAAGUCUAUCAAUGUGCACCCAGCAUUGCUUAUGAUUUCUGGAGCAGUUGGGGCUCAGCUGUCAUACUUGUUGCCCACCGGAUCACCGUCAAACGUUGUUGGGUUCAGUAGUGGCCACAUUACCAUCAAGGAUCUUGUUGUCACCGGGAUGCCCCUGAAGAUUGUCGGAAUCGCAUCUUUGACAAUCUUGCUGCCAAGUUUAGGACCACACAUUUUUGGCAUAGACAGCAGGUCCUAGGAUCACGAAUGCAGGUUUUGGGAGUUCAUCUCUCCUGGUCCAGCAGUAUAUUUGUACAGUGGUUUCCUUAUAUCAUACCUGUGCCCUAUUUGAGGCCAUGGGGGUAAUACUCUCUGAUUUGUACAAGAGUUAGUAUUAAGAUUAUGUAUGCAGCCACUAUGUGAAUAUAUAGCUGAAAUGUACCGAUUUGAUCAGUAUUUCUGCUUGCAGAGUGCAAGGAUGUCCAGUAGCUAUAUUAAGAAUUUUCAGCAAUCUGAGGAAAUAGGUUCUUAUAUGCCUUAUGCAACUGAAACGUUUUCCUUGCUAACCAGCGAUUGCAGCUGGUCAUACAUUGUAAAAACUUAUCCAUCAUAUUGGUGUGGUAAACAAUCAGUCAAGUAUUAUUCA